AUGUGCCUUGACAGAACAGCAUUGGCAUUCACAUGUCCCUCCCUCCCCCCUCACCCACUGCCGUGCCGUGCCGGGACUCAUGAGUGGGUGGGGUGCGGGUCCUGGCAGGCAGCGGGCAGCGCGGUGGUGCUCAAGCCCUCACUCGCCUCAUCCGCUCAAGUCUUUACCAUCGCAUAUUCCUCUGCCUUCCCCCGUUCUCCACCCCCCAUUUCCCCAGUGCUGUCUCUGGAGCCACUGAUGGGGGCGCUAGCAGCGGUGCUGUCUCUGGAGCCACUAGUGGGAGCCCUGGCAGCGGGCAACGCGGUGGUGCUCAAGCCCUCAGAGCACUCCCCCGCCUCCGCGCACCUGCUCUCUCGCCUCCUGCCCCUCUACCUCGACUCGCAGGCCGUGCAGGCAGGUGCUAUCCCACGCAGGUGCUAUCCCAUGCAGGUGCUAUCCCACGCAGGUGCUAUCCCACGCAGGUGCUAUCCCACGCAGGUGCUAUCCCAGGUGGUGGAGGGCGGGCCAGAGACAGGCAAGGCACUGCUGGGGCGGCGGUGGGAUAAGAUCUUUUUCACGGGCGGCACUGCGCUGGGGCGCAUUGUGAUGGAGGCGGCCAGUAAGCAUCUGACACCUGUCACUCUGGAGCUGGGCGGCAAGAAUCCACUGUUCAUCGACGAGUCUGCUGACCUGGAGGUGUGUGCUGCUGACCUGGAGGUGUGUGCUGCUGACCUGGAGGUGUGUGCUGCUGACCUGGAGGUGUGUGCUGCUGACCUGGAGAUCUCAGCGAAGCGGAUCGUAUCGGGCAAGUGCACGAACGCGGGGCAGGUGUGCCUCGUGCCCGACUAUAUCCUUGCCUCCAAGGACGUGGCUGCGAGACUGCUGCCCCAUCUCAAGGCGGCCAUCGAGCAGUUCUACGGCACCAACCCCGCUCUCUGCCCUGACCUCGCCCGCAUCAUCAACGCCUCUCAUGUGCUCCGCCUGCAGAAGCUGCUCCAGCACCCUGCUACAGCCUCCUGUGUCGUGCACGGGGGGCAGAGCGAUGUUGAGUCGAGGUACUUUGCACCAACACUGCUGCUCAACGUGCCCUGGGAUGCCCCCAUCAUGCAGUCCGAGGUCUUUGGACCCAUCCUGGCCAUCCAAACUGUGAGACCCCUCAUCCUGGCCAUCCAAACUGUGAGACCCCUCAUCCUGGCCAUCCAAACUGUGUCGGGCAUCGAUGAAGCAAUUGACAUCAUCAACGUGCGCCCCAAGCUGCUGGUGGUGUCCGGCAUUGAUGAGGCCAUUGACAUCAUCAACGUGCGCCCCAAGCUGCUGGUGGUGUCGGGAAUCGACGAGGCCAUUGACAUCAUCAACGCGCGCCCCAAGCCGCUGGUGGUGAUGGUGUUCUCGUCCCGGGAGGACACGAGGCAGCGCUUCCUCAAGGAGACCAGCUCGGGGGCUGUCGUGGCCAACGAGCUCAUCCUGCAGGUGUGCUCGGGGGCUGUCGUGGCCAACAAGCUCAUCCUGCAGGUGCGGUUGAGGGAGGGGAAGGGAAGGAGGAGGGAGGAGGACAGAGAGAGGAGGCCAGAGGGAGCUGUGCAGAGGGAGAGGCAGGGAGAGGCAAGAGAGUGGGGGUGUCACCCCCUUCUCAUGCUCACGACUGAAUCACCUCUCCUUCUCACGCCACCACCCAUCUCUACCUUCUUCCCUCCCCAAUCUCUCCCUUUGUCUGUCCCAUAUCUCUCCCUUCUUUCCACUCCGGGGCAGGCGGGCAACCUGGAGCUACCAUUCGGGGGAGUGGGCGACAGCGGCAUGGGGCGGUACAAGGGGCGCUGGUCCAUGGACUGCUUCAGCCACUGCAAGGCCGCCUACACCAAACCCCUCUCUAGGGACCUGGCGGCACGCUUCCCUCCCAGCACACGGCGCGGAGAGAUGAUUGUGAAGGCGGUGAUCAAAGGGGCGUACUGGACGCUGCUGCUGCUGCUGCUGGGGCUCAAGAAGCAUUAG